GCCCUGGUGAGGACGAAGCGCCAUAGCCACGGUAGCCCUGGCGACAAGAACCCCAGCAACGAGAAUCAACAACAACAACAACUGAAUCCGCCAUAAAAAAAUAAAAGAAGACAGAUUUUACCGGUGGGGGAAAUAACACACGUGGAUACAGAGGGUGAUUCCCAGCUCUUGUAAUGGCCACCUCAGGCUACGUAGGUGAGAUCCAGCCAGCAGCCCAACCGCAGGGGGCUGGUGUUACCGUCACACCGGGGCAACCUGACGCCAGUUCCACCCCUGCAACCGCCCCUCAGUUUCUGGCUGAGAUCCAGACCGCUGUGGCCACUUCCACUGUCGUCACAGCCACAGGCCAGACUUCUCCCACCGAUCAAGCCGCCUCCAUCAUCACUCCCAAACCCGCAGAUGGUAGUCAAGCCCAGGCCACAUCACAGGCCCAGCCUCCUCAGACGCAGUAUGUGACUGCUGAGAUCCAAGGCUCCCCCACGCAGUCUGGAAAUGCUCAAAGCACCCCUCAGUACAUCGUUGUUACAGUCACAGAGGGCUCCCUUCACUCAAGCGACAGCGUGUCGGACUCCAGCCCCCCUCCAGCUGUGGUGCAAACAGGGGUUCCCACGCAGGUUGUCCAGCAGGUACAGGCGGGUCAACAGAGGUCCGUGGUGCAGGCCACCAAUCAGAUAGCCAAGACUGAGCCGGGUACCCAGCUCAGUGUCACCAGUCUACAGCCUGUUCAUAUCAGCCAGGAGGCCUCUGUGGGCUUCCAGUUCCUCCCUAGCACAAACGUGACAGCGUUAGUCAGGGACACGAAUCUAGAAGAAAGCCAGCUGCAACUUGUGAUAGGACAGCCAGAGUGCCAGGCCUGGGCAUCAGCAGACUGCAUGAGAGAAUGCUGCGGCAAGCCCCUCUACCUCCCCUCGGACCUCCUCCAGUAUUAUCAGUCAAUGUACUUGCUCUCUGUGCAUGCGAAGAAAGAGACAGGAGGAGCCCACCCUGCAGUCACAAGCUCAGGCCCUGAUCAGGCUACAACUACUGCUUUCCAAGUCCAGCAGCAGCUCACACCAGUGCCGGUGCAACAUGUGUACGCCAAUCAAGUGCAGUAUGUGGAAGGAGGAGAUUCCAGCUACACCACCAGCACCAUCCGCUCCAGCGCCUUUCCUUACACCGACACCCCCCUGUACACCCAGACCACAGCUGCCCAGUAUUAUGAAAGCCAGCCGACUUCAGGCUCCUCCACCCCCGGCACACCUCUAACCGUCUCUGUGACCGCCGGCACGGCGGGGGGCGUGUCCAUGUUUGUCGCCCAGCCCACCAGCGCAGCGGGGGGAGGGGCCACGGUGGUGACCACGGGCGGCACCACCAACGGGGCGGGGGAAGGCACCAACGGUGGCGCGGCAGGCAGCUAUGUGAUCCAGGGGGGUUACAUGCUGGGCAGCGGCAGCGGAGCGGCAGCCGGCAACAGUCAGAGCUACUCGCACACCGCCCGCGCCUCCCCAGCCACUGUGAGUAUUACAGAGGGCGAGGAGAGUAGCGUGCCGUCGGCAGACAAGAAGGUACAGUGGUUGCUGGACAACUAUGAGACAGCUGAAGGAGUGAGUCUGCCCCGUUCCACCCUCUACUGCCACUACCUGCUGCACUGCCAGGAGCAGAAACUGGAGCCGGUUAAUGCCGCCUCGUUCGGGAAACUCAUUAGAUCUGUGUUCAUGGGGCUACGCACACGACGCCUGGGCACACGGGGUAAUUCUAAAUACCACUAUUAUGGGCUGAGGAUCAAGGCAGGCUCUUCUCUUCUCCGUCUGAUGGAAGACCAGCAACAUCUGGCCAUGAGGCAGCAGCCCUUCUCACAGAAACAGAGGUUGAAGCCUGUGCAUAAAGUAGAGGGAAUGACCAACGGCACAGCAGCAGGAGCCGGCCAGCAGCAGCAACAGCAGCAGGGGUCGGGGCAGGUGGACAUCAGCACCCAGGUCCAGCAGUACCAGCAGUUCCUAGAUGCAUCCCGAGCUCUCCCAGAGUUCCCAGACAUCGACCUCCAGGGGAAGUCUAUGCCAGAGGGAAUCGAGCUGGAGCACAUAAAGAGCUUUCAGCUGCUGUACAGAGAACACUGUGAGGCCAUACUAGAUGUGAUGGUCAACCUGCAGUUCACCCUGGUGGAAACUCUGUGGAAGACCUUCUGGAGGUUCAGCCAGAGUCAGGCUGGAGAUGCCACGUUGGCUGUUCACGACGAGUCAGAGAAGCGCCUCCCCAAGUCCUGCCUGGUGCUGCUGUGCAAGUACGACCCGGUGCUGCGCUGGAGCCGUGACUGUGACAACAGUCUGUACCAGGGCCUGGUGGAGAUCCUCAUCCCUGACGUCCUCAGGCCCAUCCCCAGUGCCUUAACUCAAGCCAUCCGCAACUUUGCCAAGAGCCUGGAGAGCUGGCUGACCAACGCCAUGAUGAACAUCCCGGAGGAAAUGGUCCGCAUCAAGGUAACAUCAGCCAAUGCGUUUGCCCAGACGCUGCGUCGCUACACCAGUCUGAACCACCUCGCCCAGGCCGCCCGCGCCGUCCUCCAGAACACGGCCCAGAUCAACCAGAUGCUGUCCGACCUCAACCGCGUCGACUUCGCCAAUGUCCAGGAGCAGGCUUCCUGGGUGUGCCGGUGUGAAGACCGUGUUGUCCAGCGGCUGGAGCAGGACUUCAAGCUGACCCUCCAGCAGCAGAACUCCCUGGAGCAGUGGGCGGCGUGGCUGGACGGUGUCGUCUCCCAGGUCCUAAAGCCCUACCAGCAGAGCCCCGCCUUCCCCAAGGCCGCCAAGCUCUUCCUACUCAAGUGGUCCUUUUACAGCUCCAUGGUGAUCAGGGACUUGACCCUGAGGAGUGCAGCCAGUUUUGGCUCCUUUCACCUGAUCCGUCUGCUGUACGACGAGUACAUGUACUACCUGAUAGAGCACCGAGUGGCCCAGGCUAAAGGAGAGACCCCCAUCGCUGUCAUGGGAGAGUUUGCCAGUUUGGUUCGGGGUCUAAACCAGCUGGAUCCUGACAAAGAAGAGGAAGAGGAGGAGGAGGAUGAGAGCGACGACGAAGGUCAGGAGCUGUCCCUCCCCUCGGACGGGGUCGUGCUCGGAGACGAAUCUCUGGAGCCGCCUGCCAAGCUGGCCAGGAUGGACCAGAGAGUCCUCUUCACGACCGGAUCGGCCGACGACUAACCACAGAGUAACAACACUACUAGACGUG